AUGGGAUUGCUCAACAUCUUGAAGAAGAUGAAAAAGGACGACAAGGAAGCCCGGAUCCUGGUGUUGGGAUUGGACAAUGCGGGCAAGACCACCAUUCUCAAGAAACUGUCCGAGGAGGACAUCUCCCACAUUAUGCCGACACAGGGGUUCAACAUCAAGAGCAUCAUGCAAGAUGGCUUCAAGUUGAACGUUUGGGACAUUGGUGGGCAGAAAGCGAUUCGACCCUACUGGAGCAACUAUUUCGAGAACACGGAUGCACUCGUCUACGUAAUCGACUCCUCCGACCGGCGGCGCCUAGAGGAGAGCAGCGCUGAGCUGCGGGAGCUCCUGGCGGAGGACAAGCUCGGGGGAACGCCCAUGUUGGUCUACGCGAACAAGCAGGAUCUGCUACAAGCUUCGCCUGCAGACGAGAUCGCAGACGUCAUGGGGCUGGCAAGCAUCACUGACCGAGUGUGGACUAUCCAAGCAUGCAGCGCCAAAACGGGUGAAGGUCUGCAGGUGGGUUUAGAGUGGUGUUGUCUUUGUGCGCGCUUGGUCCAGCAGUCCAGCACUGUUUCCCUCUCAGACAUCGGUAUGUGCGAGACGUUCCAGAGCAGGACAGAAGCAGCAAGCAGCGAGAGAUCAGCACAAGCAGAGUACUUAGCCACAACGAUGGUGAGAGAUGGGUACUCGGCAAGAAGAGAUGGCCAGGGCCCACCACGGCCGGGCCGCAAGGACGAACAGCCGCCCCCCAGCAUCGGUGCGACCCCCGCACUGGAGGCCUUCCGUGCCGCAGCCCUGGGCCCUGCAGCACAGCCCUCGACCGGAGAAGAUCGCCGGCUUACCUCCCUGGAGAUGUACACGCAGAAUCAGGCAUGGUCUGAUGUCAGAAGGCAUGCGGGGCGGCUUGUUCUGUGA